CUCACUUGGAACCAACUUCCAUGGGUGCAUCUCCUAUGUGCCUUACUUUUCUCCGUGCAGGCACGCAGAGUCGUGUCGUACAACUUUUCUUCACCGCAACAACACCAACAUGGCAACCGAAACAGUGUCUUCGUCGGCCGCGACAACACCCAAAAUAUCUCGCUAUAGGAGCGUCCGCCGCGCACAGGAACAGCACACGCAGCAAGUAGGGGAUUUUGACCAACAACAGUCGUCGCCUACAUCACAACCAGCGCCCACUAUGCAAUCCAUGUCCCGUAUGCCCGCCAUGUCAGAGACGCCUCCCCAGAGCGAUGCGCCGCUCAGUAGGAGCAUGAGCCGCUAUCAUCGUCGCCCACCCACCUCGCACGCGACCAGUGCUAUUCCCCCACCGAUACGCUCAAUGACCAUUCCCAAUGCUCCACCCUCGCCUCCCGAUCAACUAUCGGCUCCUGCUGUUCCGCGCAAUCGUGCUGCAAGUUCCCCGUACCAGCAGCCAGUGCAUACGGCCAACACGGGCCAGCCCCGGCCAAGGACAGCAAAACCUCGCGCAGGGCCAUCACCUCCCGUAUCCAGCUCGGAGCCACUCAGCGGCGAUGACCUUGCAAGAGACGUAUUGCAAAAGGAGAAGGAGCGCCAGCGCCAGCUGAAAGAAAAGUACGACGCCGAGGCACGCGCCAAGAGACGGGCGAGGCAAGCUGAGCUGGACAAGGUCGAGAAGCUACGCCAAGAAGAGGAAGAUGCUGCACGAGAAAAGGAACAGCGAGAGAUUGAGGAAGCUGAAGCGCUGCGUCGACAGAAAGAAGAGCUCAAGGCAGAGCAAGAGCGCGGAAAGCGACUGCAAAAGGCCGAACCUCAGAAGCUUGUUCGGCAGAGGGAAGAGGGGAUCCGCAAGGCUAAACAGGAGGAGCGGAGCUUCAAGUCACACUCGUCCUCCCCUCCAGCCUCGCCACCACGACAGCAGGAGAUUGGAUUUGGCAUGUUCAAGAGGAGAAAGGAUCCCGCCCUGGGCAUAGACGCUCCGGCUCGACCCCUAGGCCCACCGCAGCUGGCCCUCAGUCCAAGCAGUCAAGAGGAGGAGACCAUCAGGCCCGGAGGAGGAGGUGUCGUUAAGAACAUCGAUGCACCAACAUCUGCCGUGAACGCUGGUGACAGGCGCGUCACAGUCGUGUGCAACAAGAAACGCAUACUACUACCUGUUACUCCGACCACCACUCCCCUCGAUCUUAUCAAAUCUGCUGCUACAGUCCUAUCCGAGAACAUCGAAAUUCGCACGGCUGUCAUCUCUGAGCUGUUCACCAAAGUUAGCAUCACCCGCCCUCUUCGCAACUACGAAUACGUGAGAGAUGUCAUGAACUCGUGGGACCACGACACCCAGAACGAACUCACAAUCAUCGACUCCGAUAUGGACGGUAUCAACCAGGACGAUCUGCUCUCGUACAAAGUUCCUGAUACCAGGCCAGAGGGCGCGUCGUGCUUCAUCCACUAUUCUUCGAGGCCUGGAAAGUGGAGCAAGCGCCUACUUAUUCUUCGCCCCGACGGUCAGCUAGUCAUGGCGAAGAACGAAAAGGUCAAGGAAAAGGACCAGGAGAACAUCUGCACGCUUACCGACUACGACAUCUACUCCCUCACACAGCAGAAGCUGGCAAAGGUGAAGCCACCGAAGAAAAUAUGCUACGCCGUGAAGAGCAUGCAAAAGUCGAACAUCUUUGCAGAUGAGUCGCAGUACGUCCACUUCUUCUGUACCAACGACCGUAACACGGCAAACAUCUUCUAUUCGGCCCUACAAACAUGGCGAAGCUGGUAUCUCAAGCACCAAAAGGGCGAGGGACUGAAGAAGAAGACCGUGGCACAGCGUAAUGUCUCUGGUAACGCCGAGGGAGGACAUACAUCUGCUCAUGCAAGGGGUGAAUCAGUAGGGUCGCAUUACCAGCUGGGUGCUUUCUCGUCACUGCUUGACAUGGACAGUCUGAACAAACAACUGGAUUCGAUUGAAGUUCACAAGCCAGGCGAGUUCCCGGACGAUAAGCCUCUGUCCAAGCUCGACGGCAGGGGAGUGCAAGCCAGGAUGAGGUCCAUACGGGUCAAACAAACCCCUCCCACAAGACACGGUGUGGGAAAGGAGAGCGUCCGGAAACCGUCCGCACGGCGCAGCAGCUUCGAAGAGGGCGGAGAAGAAGCAUUCGCCGCUACUGGUCUCCUAGGUCGAACCUACACGGAACGACAAGCCGCUGUACAGGCUAGGGAACAACAGCAGUCGGGGCCGUUCACAGAGGGUCCGUCUCUGCUAAACAACAUGGGCCGUGCUGCUCUGGCUGCGCCAGUUGAUACUGGUAUCAAACGUAGCACUUCAGUGACUAGUAAUCACCACCGACGGACGUCCAGCGACCUCAGGCGGAGUGCUUCCAAGCGCGCGCCUGGCCUGCCGGAGCCCUUGGUCGACCUUACACCGCAGUAUCGACCACCGCCCCAGCAUCUUAACAAAGGCAAAGGCUACAACCCGGGAGCAGGCGCGGGUCCACUCGUGGAGAGUGCAACUUCGAUUGAGGAGGCUAUCAAAGUACCGUCCUCGACAGACUGGCGGGCGGGUCGUCCGGGCACACGAGGUGGACAUGGGACUUAUGGUGGCGCUGGCCUUGAACGCACAAAAUCGCUCAAGAAUCGUGGAGAGCCAUUGGCAGCGUAUACACAGAACAACCAUUCUGGAGCGCCAGAAGAUGUCAGCAAGGCAUUUACAGGCGGCGGUCUGUUGUCUCAGGCUGGUUACUCGCAGGGUAGAGAUGUGGUUGGCAGGGGUGUGAUGGAUGGUAGUAAGGCGAAGGGCCCCAUGGUGAAUCUUGCGCUGAACAGCGAGUUUGCACAGGGAAGUUUGCUUGCCGGGGUGCCGGAUGCUGCACCGAUCAUCGAUCGUAGCGUGGUUACCCAAAAAAAAACGGGCCGGUAG